AUGUGGUGGUUGCGGCAAGGCAUGGUGGCUCCAGUAAAGGGGGUGGCGCUGCAGGUUAGGGUUCAAAGUGGUGUGGCAAGAAUGAUUGGGUGGUUAGGUUCAAGGAGGCUCGGUGAGGGUGUGAGGAAUGCUGAGAUGGCUAGUCGCAGGGUAAGAGAGAAGGGAAUGGGUCUGAGUAAAGGUAUAUGGAAGGGAGAUUUGGUGUUGAGUGAAGGGGAGAAGGAUCGCGAGGGGAGACGAGUGAAGCUCACUAAGGAGGAAUGA